AUGAGCGCACUGCGCCCGCCACCGGCACCGUCCAAGACCCGCCGCGCCGCGCCCGCUCGCGCAGCCAAACCGCCAACCUCGUCGACCGCGCCGCCAGACGUAAACACGCUCGCCGCCGACCUUGCGCAGCUCCAGGUCGACCAGCCACCGCGCCCGCAAGCCUCGACGUCGCGCUCGCCGACCCGCACGGCGCGCGCACCACCGCCGCCGACGGGCGGUCGCUCGACGGCCGCCAGUCGCUCAACCGGCCCGCCUUCUUCUUCAACAGCUCCUGCAGCGGCAAGGCCGCGACUCGCGCCAGCUCGGUCCAAGGAGGUCGUCCAACAUGACGCGCGCACGCCGGCAGAACGCGCCCGCGACGCCAUGAAGGCUGUCAACGCCGCCCUGUCGUCGCUCGCCGCCCUCAAGGAGUCGGGCUUCCGCGCCGUCCCCACUACCUCCUCCUCCACUACGCCAGCGCCAUCGUCCUCCUCCACAUCGACCCCGUCCUCGCGCUCGGGCUCGGCUGUCCGCCCAGCCUCGUCCUCGUCGUCGCUCCGGGCGGGCGCAGCGCAGACCGCGACGCGCGACAAGGUCGAGCAGGCGGCGCGUGAGGCCGGGCGCGCAUUGCGCGAGCUGCGGGCGCUUGCUGCCGAGGGCGUGCUCGGGCGCAAGAGGGUCGACGUCGAAAAGGCGGCGGGAGGCGUCGUUGCGCACCUUGUCGAGAUGGGCUUGUACCGCCUUGCGGUCGUCGAGUUGUCGGCCAUGCGCGCGACCCUCCUCUCCUGGUGGUCCUCCCCAGCGCCUCCCCCUCUUCCUCCGGCCUCCACCAGCGUCGCCUCCCUCAUCUCGCACCUUCCCUCACUCCUCAUCCCCCUCCCACCACCCUCUUUCUUCGCCCCUCCCUCGCUCUCCGACACGCUCAACCCGUCCGCCGCACGCCCCUCGCUCGCCGACGUCGUCCCCCUCGUCCUCGCCGUCCAGCAGUACCUCCUCGCCGCGCUCUUCCGCUCACAGGACGUGCGCGCGACGGACCUCGUCGAGCAGCUCGCGGGCACGCUCGGCGGCGGCGCGGGCGAGGGUGAGGGUGAGGGCGAGGGCGGGCCGACAGAGUGGCACGCGCUGUGGAGGACCGAGGGCCGCAAGCAGGAGCUCGAGGGGCGCGAGCGCGAGGGAAUCGCGAGGAGGUUGGACGGCAUGAUGACGGGCGUGUUUGCGACCGUGACCAAGGGCUGUGCGGGACUCGAUGGGCAGGCCGGUCCCGAGGUCCUCAUCUCGACGCGCAUCUACGCCCUUCUGUGCUACGCCUCGACCUCGGCCCUGUCGUCACCCGACAAGCUCUCGGCGUUCCACGACCAGCUGCGCAAGGUCCUCCUCCUGUACGGCCGCGCCGCCGAGGCCCUCGGCUACUCGGCGCCCAAGAUCGGCUCCGAAGUCAAGCGCGCGUUCGAGCGCGUCGUCGGCGAGCUCGAGCGGCAGGGGCUGCCCGAGGGUGAGGGGGCGCGCGAGGACAAGAAGUGGAGGGAGCUGUGCGAGGUCGUGUUGCACAUUGCGCGGCGGGCCGACGACCUCGCCUUCGUCUCGCGCGCGUCCGCCCUCCUCGGCAUCCCUUCCUCGACGACCUCGUCCCCGUCCGCCGCGCCCAUCUCUCCCGCCGUCCAGAGCAGCCACCUCUGCGCCAAGCUCGCCAACUCGCUCGCCCUCUUCGAGUCGUCGCAGCGCACGCCCGACGCUCCCCCCGCCGACCUCGCCGACGCGCUCCGCCGCGCGCUCGGCGCCCUCCCGCUCCUCACCCCUCUGCGCCUCCUCCUUCCCACCAGCGCACUCGACCGCGCCGAGCGCACCAAGAUCGACAAGCUCGUCGACCGCGCAAGGUACGUCCUCGCCAAGCACGCCAAGCGGGGCGUCGCGCGCCUCGACCAGCUCAUGACGCCCGCCGACGCGCCGCCGGGCCCGGCGCCGAGCGACGUCGACGAGCUCGUGCGCGCUGUCCUCGAGGCGCUCGCGGCGCAUGCCGAGGCCGUCGUCCUGGCGCCCGCUGGGGAGCCAACGGCGGCGGCGGCGGGCGAGAGCGUCGUGAGCCGCAAAGAGCGCGACCACCACGCGCUCGGCGCCGUCGACUCGCUCCUCAUUCUCGCCUAUUCGGCCGUCGACCUCUCGUCCCCGUCGCCGCCCUCGCGCGCCCUCGCGCUCCUCCGACGAGCGCGCGCCCUCGUCGACCUCGGCGGCGACGGCGACGGCGCAGGCCCGCAGCUCGAGCGCCGCUACAGCCUGCGCACGCUCGCGAGUGCUGCGUACAACAUCGGUGGGACGCUGUUCAACGCCGGGCGUGCGGCCGACGCGCUUGGGUUCGUGCGCCAGGCGUGCGAGCUCGGCGAGCGGGUCGUCGACAAGGCGCGAGGCGAGGGGCUCCUCGGCGAGCGGGACGUGCUCGAAGGGAUUGCGGAGCUCAGGCUUGGGGACGAGGCGGCGGGCGAGGGCGGCGAGGAGGAGAGGAAGAGGAGCGACGAGGAGAGGAAGGGCAUGGUCGAGGCGGCGAGGGAUUUUGAGCGGCUCAUGGGGCGGCGGUGGGAGCUGCUCGCGCUCGUGCAGCACCAGAUCGGCGACAAGAAGGCCGCCUACGACGCCUACAUCGCCUCGGCCCUCGCCCAACCCGCAUCGACGUUCGACGCGCUCGCCGCCGACUCGGCCACGUUGGCCCUGUCGUCCCUCAUCGCCAGCCACGCGCCGCUCAACAAGGUCGUCCAGCGCUUCACCCGGCUCGCCGUCUUCGACCUCCUCCUUCCCUCGUCCUCCGUCCCCCUCGUCGCCGCCACCUCGUCGCGAGCGACUUCCCUCCCGACCGCGGCCGUCGGCGCGCUUCUCGAGAUGCAGCUCGUCGCGCUCGAGCCGUACUCGGAGAAGGACGAGGCGCGGCGGGCGAGCGACGCCGUCCUCGCCGCCCUCGAGGGCGUGUACGAUGGUGACGAGCUGCCGAUGCGCCGCGCGAGGGUGCUUGUCAGGCGCUUGCAGGCGUGCGCGAGCGGCAGCAGGGUCGAGAAGCGCGAGGUCGUGGUCAAGUUGGCGCAGGAGGUCCGGGAGCUGUGCGAGCGCGAGAACAUGGGAGCCGAUGCCGCCCUUCGACCGUUCGCCCAGCAGUACCUCGCCCUCUCGCACCUCUUCCUCGCCUUCCACGCACACGCCUCUCAGCCGCCGACGCCUUCCCUUCAAGAGACCGUCGUCACCUCUGCUCGCGCCGCCAUCACCAUCCUCCGCUCUUCCACCGACAGCGAGCUCCCCCUCUCGCCAUCCGCCGUCGUCGCCAAGCGUGUCUCGCCCGUCGUUGCCCGCACGACCCCGGCGCCAAGCCCGCUCAAGGCCGAGCCGGUCACUGCGACGCGUGCACGUCGCCCGACUCGCGCCGCCGCGACGCCGGCACGGACGACGCGCACCCUGUCCGCCUCCACGAGGAGGGCUGCUCCUGUCGCCGCUUCGGCGCCGCCACCGCCGCAGCCGCAGGUCACGCCGCCGAGGAAGACGAGGGGCCGAGUCGAGCUCAAGGACUCGACCCGCACGCCCGUCAAGGGUCUCGAGACGGGCAAGCUCCUCCUCGACGACGUCGACCACGUGUUCGCGCUUCUGAACUCGAUGGCGUCGUUCCUCGGCACGUUCGGCGAGGUGCUCCUCAAGAUCGCCUACCUCAAGUUCCUUCGGCGCCUUUCGGCCAAGCUCCCGCACAAGGUCAACGACGGCUACAUCACCUCGUCGGUCCGGCUCGCGCGGGAGUACCUCCGCCUCGGCAAGACGUCGCGCGCCGGCAUCGUCCUCGCCCAAGCCGAGGCCCGCCUCCAGGCCGGCGUCAAGGGCGACACGCCGUCCUCGCCUGUCGCGCAGAUCGCCUACUCGCUCGGCCACGCCGAGUACCUCGCCAUGCUCGGGAGCACCGACCGCAGCAUGCACGCCUACGAGGCCGCCCUCACGAUCGCCGACGCGCUCGAGGCGGACGUGUCGGCCACGAGCACCACGGCCAAGAUCAUCGAGCGCACCUUGCUCCUCGAGCGCGCCAGUUUGGCUUCAAGCGUGUGCUCCCUCAUCCUUCAGCGCAAGGGCGAGCUGAGUCGCUCGGUCGCGCCAGCGAUGCAGGCCAUGCGACUCGGGACUCGCGCGCUCAACAACAUGUCGCGCCUCGCUCCUGCGCCUGUCGCGGGUGCAGCCUCGACCGACUCGACCUUCUCGGCGCCUCCUGUGGACCACAAGACCGCUCUCGCCGACGCCGCGCCGAUCAACAAGCGCAAGUCGGGAACGACCUUGCCCGGUGGCGCUCACGCCGGCCUCUCCUGGCAGCUGUCCGAGGGUCUGCUCGACGCGACUGUGCGCGUCGCCAAGGUCCACUUUGUUCGCGGCACGCCCAAGUCGGCCGACUUCUUCGCUCAGCAAGCCCUUAACCUCGCCGAGGACCUCGCGUCGUCAAGACAGAUGGCGCGUGCGCUCUCGGUCCAGGUCGACGUGCGGCUGCAUCGCGAGCAGCUCGACGAGGCCGCCGUCAAGCUCGAGCGGAUCGAGGAGCUUCUUGGCUCGACGACCUGCCCCGAGAUGGCCGAGUUCCGCCGCCUCCAGGCCGACCUGCAUCAGCGCGCACAGCUGCAGCAAGAAGCGUUCCAGUUCUGCCUCGCCGCACAGAGCUCGCUCGACGCCUUCAUCUCGUCGGCGAGCGAGGGAGACGCCGGUAGCUCUCCCGUCAAGCACCACACGCCGGCUCAUCACCUGUCGCCGGUUCAGCGCCGCAUCUCGGGCCCAAGCGUGCACUUUGCGGCAUCGUCGCCGUCGCCUGCAGCUCGUGCCGGUCCUGCGCCCGACUGGGUGCUCCCGUCGACCCAAGCGCACCUCCUCCGCAUGCAGAUCGCCCUCCUCCGCAUCCAGAAGAAGCACGACGAGGCGCACCGCCUCUCUCGCCGACUGGCCCGUCUCGCGACCCUCGAGGAGGACAAGGCCGACGAGCUCCGCCUUCUCGCGUCGACCCAGCUCGAGGACCUCCUCGUGCGGUGCACGUCCGACCCUGUUCUCGGCAUGCUCCCCGACUCGGUCCUGUCGAUGCCGGUCCUCGGCAUGUCGGCGGCCGGCGCAGGCGCCGUCGUCAAGAUCGGCACCCCGCGCACGGGCCCGUCGGUGCUCAACGCCAUCAAGGAGAUCGAGGCGCUCCUCUCGCGCGCCAUCACGUUCAGCUCGUCGCGCUCGCACCCGGCCAAGCUGCGCCAGCUGUCGACGCUCUCGACGACGCUGCGGACGAUGCAGGCCAGCGUCGGCAAGGUCACCAAGCGCUCGAGCGCGACCGUCGCACAUGUCCUCGACCUCGGCGCCGCCGUCACGCUCCGCCGCGAGAUGCUCGACGCCGUCGAGCACAAGCUCGCCGCCCAGGCGCGCCAAGACGACCUCACGUGGCCCGUCGUCGACGCGCCCGUUCCCGACGCUAUCGACCAAGCCGCCGCCGUCCUGCAUGGCCUGCGCGAGCGGUACCGCUUCGAGACGGCCGAGCCCACCCUCGUUGACGCGCCUCUCUCGACCAUCCUGCCUGUCGCCUGGACCGCCCUCACGCUCCACCUCACGCCCGAGCGCGACUCGCUCAUCAUCUGCCGCCACCGCCGCGACGCCGACCCGCUCGUGUUCAAGUUGCCGCUCGACCGCCUCGCCCGACGAGAAGGCGACGAGGACGAGGCGUUCACGUACGAGGUCGCGUCGCACGAGCUCAAGGACAUCAUCGCGACGAGCAACCUCGGAACGCAGAACGCCAAGUACGUCGACGGCAAGGAGGCGCGAGCGGCGUGGUGGGCAGAGCGCAAGGAGCUCGACCGGCGGCUGCAGACCCUGCUCGAGACGAUCGAGGGCGCCUGGCUCGGAGCGUUCAAGACCUUGCCUGACUCAUUCACGCUCGCGCAGGCCGUCUUCUGCGACGCCCGACAAGCCGACGCCGACGCGUUCGUCGCCUUCAAGGCGCGCAUCGAGCGCAUCCUCAAGCGCAGCAUGUCUCGAGCCGCAGGCGACAAGCGCUCGACCCGGUUCAAGCUUGACGACAGCAUCGUCGAGUGCCUCGCCGCCCUGCCCUCGUCGGCCCGCGAGGAGGACCUCGAGGACCUGUUCUACUUCAUGGCCGAGUCGUUCCAAUUCAGCGGCGUCCCGCUCGCGUGCGACGAGACCGACGUCGACCAGGUCGUCGUCGACCUGCGCGAGGCGCUCGAGGAGCUGCACGGCACCAAGUCGGCGCCCAAGUCGCACGUCGACCCGGACGAGCACACGUUCCUCGUCCUCGACCAGGACCUGCAGGCCUUCCCGUGGGAGUCGCUCCCCUGCCUCCAGGGCCGGUCCGUCAGCCGCCUCCCGUCGCUGUCGUUCCUGCGCGACCGCCUCGACCACGCCGCCGCGCACGCCUCGCCCGAGACGCCGCCGCACGAGGUCGUCGUCGACUGCGGGCGCACCUCGUUCGUCCUCAACCCCGGUGGCGACCUCAAGAACACGCAGAAGACGUUCGAGCCGUGGCUCGACGAGCAGGCGCACGAGCGGGCAUGGUCGGGCGUGACGGGUCGCGCUCCGCUCGAGGAGGAGGUCAAGUCGGCGCUGCUCAACAAGGAGCUGUUCCUGUGCGUCCUCCUCUCCCACUUCUCUCUCGCGUCUGUGCUCGAGGUCGCGAACUGA